AUGCCUCGUGGCCAGAAGAGCAAGCUGCGUGCUCGUGAGAAGCGCCGCCAGGCCCGUGCUAAAAAUGCACCAGAGGGAGAGGCUUCUCCUGGUCCUUUCUAUGGGUGUCCACAUCAGGCGAUCCCUGUUGAUGGUAUGGCUACACCUUCCAACGUGCCACAGGGAGCUCAUUCUGCCUUUUUAGACCUGUUAUCAAGUACAAGGGCUCAAAACCGAGACGAGAAAAGUUCAGAUGACUCUGAUAGCAGUGAUGACUGGUGUAAUGAUCCUAUAAACCACAAAGUAGUCUUACUGGUGCAGUUCCUGAUAGAGAAGUAUCAAAAGAAGGAGGUUAUUACAAAGGCAGAUAUGAUGAAGUCUGUUAUCAAAACAUCUAAGAGUGACUUCAAUGAGAUCCUAAAGAGAGCCUCAGAGCACAUGGAAUUGGCCUUUGGUGUUGAUCUGAAGGAAGUGGAUCCUAUCCGGCACUGCUAUGCCCUUUUCAAUAAACUAGAGCAUACCUUUGAUGGGGUGAUGGGUGAAGAAAAAAUGCCCAAUAGCGGCCUCCUAAUGAUUGUGCUGGGUGUGAUCUUCAUGAAAAAUAACUGUGCCCCUGAAACGGAGAUCUGGGAUGUGCUAAAUAUGAUGGGUGUUUAUGCUAACAGAAAGCACUUCAUCUAUGGCGAUCCUAAGAAGGUCGUUACUCAAGAUUUUGUAAAGCUAAGGUACUUGGAGUACCGACAAGUGCCCAACAGCAAUCCUCCAUCCUUUGAAUUCAUGUGGGGCCCCAAAGCCCAUGCUGAAAUCAGCAAGAUGAAGAUCCUGGAGUUUUGGGCCAAGAUUCAUGAUAGCACACCAGAGGCCUUCGCACCCUUGUAUGAAGCAGCUGUGAAAGAUGAAGAAGAAAGAGCCAAAGCCAGGGCUGCAGCUAGGGCUCGCACCACUGCUAUGGCCAGUUCAUGUUCAAGAGUCAUGCCUGGCAGCUCCUCCCAUGCUAAGUAA